CGUCGACGUCGACGACAGCCAAAGACAAGGACAUCAUCGAUCGAUCGGACAUCAUCGCAUUUGACGUACACGCCGCUUUGACCCGCCAGUGGGGAAAAACCGGUCCGGUGGAUCGCUUUGCUUCUCUCUCACCUCUCUAUCCAUUCUCAUCAUCUUCAUCUCGUCUCGAGCACUGUACCUUGCGGCGCCCCUCCUUCUUUCUCGAUCAGGCGUCGUGCUGAUUCCAUCUGGCGCCGACAAAGUGACGAGGGCAACUCGACUCCCGAUCGCGUCGUCGAUCGAUCUGGCCAGAUAGCGCCGACAUUCGGUCGUCAUCAUCGUCAUCUGCGCCUGGGCGGGCGCUCACCGGAGCGAGUAGCUCAUUCUAGUCCACUUGAUCCCAGCGAAGGGAGAUAGGCGAUCAGCUCGGCAUCGUGUCGUUCUACUCGUAGUCACCAUUAUCGGCGCUCGUCAAAGGCAGCUACCGCAUCGGCCCUCGCCGUGCGACGAUGGUGUCUUACGACCAUGAGCCCCCGGCUCAGCAGCAUCACAGCUCGUCAGGCGAUCCGUUCAUCUUUGGCAGAAGAUCAAUGAUUAUGGGCCAGCCAUCCUCAUCCUCAACCUCAUCGUCGUCCAUGCCUGUCGGCUACCAAGCUCGUCAUCAUCAACAAAACCAGCCUCCUCGCGAUGAGCAGCCGCGCCCAUACCAAGGGCCAAGCGCGCCAUUUCCCCUGCCGACUAACAAGCGGUCCCUUGGAGGUCUGGCUGCGCUCGACGAGCACGAGGGAGCCAAUGUCAUGAAGUCACUGUUCGGAGAAGGCAGAGCUCAGCCGGCGCCUCUGGGCAAGACGCGAUGCUACUGGGCACUCCUGUCAUAUCACUCGAGCUCGGACAACCCAUACGACAUGACAUUCGUUUAUUGUGAUCCUGUCCUCCAGAGUCAUCUGGGUACAGAGGCUGAUCACAUGCUGGGUAAGAGCUUCUUCGAUUUCGUGCAUCCCUCAGAGAAGGACAGGGCCAAAGACGACCUACAGAACAUCGUCUCAAGCAGGACACUCUUUGGCUCCGUCACAAGAUGCCGUUACUGGCGCGUCCCUGCCAUUCGCAAGUUCUUUGGCAAUCCAAAUCCGCCCAUAGCACCCGAGAGCCACAUGUACGUGGAGGACGAUCUGUACCUGCCCAUCGACGUUGUUCUCAACAUGGUCGGCGACUCCCUCGCCCUCUGCUUCUUCCAUGCCAUCAUCAACAAGUCGAUCAUGGACAAUAGCGAGACGGACAAGACAGAUUGGACCAACUGGUGCGGUACGGCGCGCGAGCUCUUCGACAUCGAGCAGUGCAAUAAGCUGUGGUCCUCCGUCGUUGCCCAGCAGCUCAACAAGAGGAGACAGGACGAGCCAGCUGCGCCUCCGUAUGUCUUCCAGAUUCUGUCAAUGCCCCAUGCCCCCACUGCAGCGCCGGGCUCAUUAUCGCCAUCGUCUGCACGACCCAACGAGAGCCCCGAGAUUCUCUUCUCGUGGCCGCCGCCGAGACUGUACCGUCAAGAAGCAGCAGUGGGCAGCCGGCGAGACGAGGAGCACUUCCACCAAGCGUUCGAGGACGGAAGCUACUUUGCUGACGACUUCGCCGGGCUGGCCGUCAAUGUUCAAGCGUCGCCCUCUGCGAGGACGGAAGACGGCAGCACGGCAAGAAAUGGUGACCCAGGUACAAUCCAAGAUGGCACCAACACCUCAUGCACUCGACGCUUCAGGGCCAAACACACGCUCACGAGUGAGGGUAUGCUGCGAGCAGUCGAAUCUGUUCUAGUCCCCUAUGGCUCCAUCAUGUUCGCGUGCUUCUCGACCACGUAUCAGCAGACGAUUCAGCAUCAGCAGAACCGCAGCACACCGAGCUGGGCCCAUCAUACGGAUCAUGCUUUGACGCAGACGCCUCAGAGCUUGUCAAUUGGCGCUGAUGGCCCCCCUCGCAAGAAGACGAGGGACAUACACCACUCCCCGCCCGUACCGUCAACGUCCUCUCUUCAGACUCCUUCUCAUUGGAUGCCGGCCGGCAAUUCCGGCUCAGUGCAUGACGCCGAAGGCUCCAGCUACUUUCCUCACAGCCAUCUGCCUCGCCUUCACGGCCACGGGCAUAGCACAGAUGCCUCUACCUCGUCUGCUGACCAGCAGCCUGCAGAACGACCGUACUGGCCGCGACCGCCGUCGCCGGACACUGAUAGCAAGGAUGGAGUCCUGGCCCAAGUACCAACAUCAUCCAGCAACAGCAGGCCAAUGGAGAUUGACCUCGCAAACAGUACAGAUCCCGUAAUUAUGCAAGCCACGGCAGCAGCCUCGCUCUUUGCGGAAAUCAAUCCGGAGACGGGCGAGAAGCGAUGCACGAGCUGCGGGACGAGCAACAGUCCAGAAUGGCGCAAGGGCCCGACAGGGCAGAAAACGCUAUGCAAUGCCUGUGGUCUGCGCUUCUCGCGCUCCAUCAACAGGCAGUCAAAGAAGGAAGAAAAGGCUAGGAAGCAGGCAGCGGCGCAACAGGCGGCCAUUGACGUGCUCGAGGGGCGAGCUGUGAUGAAGCAGAAGCAGCCAGGAAAAGGAGCCGGAGGUACGAAUACAUCGAUGUCCUUGCCUGCUGCUCAGGCUUUGUACGCUCAGCAGGCACUGGCAGGGGAGCAACCCUUCUAUACGGGUAUCGCCCAAGCAAGGCCGUCGGAGCCAAGUGCCAGAGAGGGCGCAGGAGGAGCAGGCAGCGGUCAUCAGCAACGUCACUCACAUGACGGAACGAUGCCUCCUCAUGGUCAUCACGACGCGCGAGCCGCUACCGCGCAUCAUUCGCAUCCUUCGGUCACGCAUCACCACGAGCACCAGCACCAAGGCCCCUACAUGCUGCAUCAUGGUCCACCACCGGCGCUGUCCCAUGCACAUCAGCAGCCUCACCAGCAUAAUCAGCAACAUCAGCAGCCUAUGAAUGGCUUUGGUAUGGCCCCGCACAGCCAAGGGCAUGGACCCCUGCAUCCUCCCUUCCGUCCCUACUAGGCCCUCUUGUGACGACUUUACCGUGGUGUUUGACCCGCCUCGCCUCCUGACUUGCUCUCCCGGAUCCAUCGCACCUUCACCGACACAUGUAGAGCAAAUUGUAUACCACACUCUCGUUUAUCUGACCUGCGGCCCGUUGAGCCUUCGUGGCGACUUCAACUCGCCGUCUUUGUCUUGUCUCGGUCAUGAUCCAUUCUCACGGUCCCCUGAGGGCUGCCAAACAUGUACUCAACCC